AAGAAAUGUUGGAGGUAAGUUGGUGAGAUUUGACUCUUGAAGGCAUUUGGUGAGUCUUUAAACAGACUGUGCUGCUCUUGGCCGUCUCUCUCUCGCUGUUGUUCUGCACGGCAGAUCUCCUAGAGCUUAAAUUUUUCGUUUGUCUCGCGGGGUAGAAAGGUCGAAGAUUUUAUUCGAGACGGAUUUGGAAAAGGAAAAGCAACAACCUGGUAAAAAGUCGACUACACUGCCAAUGGACCUCGUCAAUCACCUCUCCGACCGGCUCCUCUUCGCCGUGCCCAAAAAGGGCCGCCUUCAAGCCGCGACUCUGGACCUUCUAACGGGAUCCGAUAUUCAAUUUCGGCGAGAAACCAGACUUGACAUCGCCUUAGUGAAGAAUCACCCGCUCGCACUUAUUUUUUUACCCGCCGCGGAUAUCCCUACGUUUGUGGGUGAGGGACGAGUCGAUCUUGGGAUUACGGGACGCGAUCAAGUCGCCGAGCAUGACGCCCAUCUGGCCCUAGGUGAGGAAUCGGGCGUGGAGGAAGUCAUGGAUCUUGGAUUUGGGAGGUGUCGGUUGCAAGUUCAGGUCCCCGAGAAAGGCCCUAUACAAGAUGUGAAGGACCUGGUCGGCAAAAACAUCGUGACCAGUUUUACAGGACUUGCCGAGGAUUACUUUGCACGUUUGGAAGGCAUGGGCGGACGCAAGGAGAGCAUAAAUGGCACAGCUAGCCCGAUUCCGAAGCUGAAGACGAAGAUCAAAUUUGUGGGCGGCAGUGUGGAAGCAGCUUGCGCACUAGGCGUGGCGGACGGCAUCGUCGACCUUGUUGAGUCCGGGGAGACGAUGAGAGCGGCCGGCCUCAAGGCGAUCGAAACGGUGGUCGAGAGCACGGCCGUCUUGAUCAAGUCGAAAUCCGUCUCGAACGAGCAACUUGUCAACAAGAUCGCCGCGCGGAUACGAGGAGUCAUUACGGCGCAGAAAUAUAUCCUGUGUCAGUAUAACGUGCCACGAGCAAAAUUGGCGGAUGCGACCAAGAUCACCCCGGGCAAGCGGGCCCCCACGAUAACAGCGCUGGAGGAACCGGACUGGGUGGCGGUGAGUUCGAUGGUCGAAAAGCAGCGCAUUGCAACGGUCAUGGAUGACUUGACGGGAGUGGGCGCGACAGAUAUUUUGGUGUUGGAUAUCGCAAAUUCCCGGACAGGCUGAGACGGCGGCUCGACGGGAAUGGAGGCGGAGCAAUUCAGCGGCGCAAUGACAUAGAGGAAUGCUUCGAGACAGGGCAAGUUGGCGAGGGAGGCACGCAUUAAAAUUUGAGGACGGGAGACCAACUAUGAAGGCCUCCUGCUCCAACGACUAGGCUCAUGAAGCCAUCUUCAGAGGUUAGAGGGCAAUGCUAGAAAACGGAUAUUUUACAUAUGCAUACAAAGCUGAGCUUGUCCCUGCUGUGCGGGCAUGACAUAAGUACCAGGUAUGCUCUAUGUAAGCCAC